AUGGCCUUCAACCCCGCCCUCCUCACCGCCAUUGACUCGACCUCCCACGUCCACCUCAUAAUCGGCAGCAACCCUCUUGCUGGCGCACGAUGCGGGCGUUCGAUCGAAGUCGGCGCUCGCCCGAUCCUGAUUGCGCCGCCAAUUGCACCCAUGCACUAUGGGCUGUCCAAGCGAAUUGAGGACGGGGAGGUGGAGUGGGUGAAGCGGGAGUUUCAAGAUGAGGAUCUGAAAACGUUGGGAAGAGAGCAAGUAGAUAGGGUGGUGGAUGCUGUGUUCGUCACGUUGGGGCCGAGAAACCCGGCCAGCACACAUAUCUCGAAUCUAUGUCGAAGACUGCGCAUACCAGUCAACGUAGCAGAGGCGGCUCAUCUGUGCACAUUCACGCUCCUCUCCACUCACAACGAUGGGCCGCUACAAAUCGGCGUGACCACAUCUGGGAAAGGAUGCAAACUCUCUUCGCGCAUCCGUCGCGAGAUCACAUCAUCCCUCCCACCGAACCUAGGAACCGCAGUCUCCAAGCUUGGAACGCUCCGGAGGAGAAUAUGGGAAGAAGACUACAAAGAAGAAGCACAGGAGCUGGAAGCAGAAGACGACGAUUCGGGACAGUCCGCCACAUUCAACAAGCUGGUUACACUAGAGGAUCUGGAAGCGAUCAAGACCAGGCGGAUGCGCUGGCUUUCGCAGAUAUGCGAAUAUUGGCCAUUAAAUCGACUGGCGAGCAUAUCCGAUGCAGACGUUGAUGUCCUGUUGAACAACUACACUUCCUCCAUCCUCUCAUCUUCGAAUUUGUCGACCUCCCGAACGACAUCGACACUACCAGCCUCUCUCAUUCCCGCCCUUCCACCUCGCAAACCCUACAUCACUCUCGCAGGAUCCGGCCCAGGAAGCCCUCACCUCCUCACUCUCGCGACCCUCUCCGCCCUCCGCACGCACCCCGUAAUCCUCACCGAUAAGCUCGUCCCCGCCGCCGUCCUAUCCCUCAUCCCCCGCCGCACAACCGUCCACAUCGCCCGAAAAUUCCCCGGGUCCGCCGAGGCGGCUCAGGACGAACUCCUAUCCCUUGCAGAAGAAGGCCUGAAGUCCGGCAAACAUGUGCUGCGACUCAAGCAGGGCGAUCCGUAUUUGUUUGGACGGGGAGGAGAGGAAGCCAAGUGGUUUGAGGAGCGGGGUUGGGAGGUUAGGGUGUUACCUGGAAUUACGAGUGCACUGAGUGCGCCACUGUGUGCAGGCGUACCGGUCACACAGCGAGGAGUGGCGGAUGGGGUGUUGUUAGUGACGGGAACGGGAAGGAAGGGGAAGGCACCAGCUCCGCCGACAUACAUGCCGACGACCACGGUGGUAUUUUUAAUGGGGCUGCAUCGGCUUGAAAGUCUCGUUGCAUCCCUUAUUGCGCCAGCUGGAAGAAAGGUGGGGGAGAACGAAGGGGAAACACAACUGGAGUCUGACAAGAGAGGGUUACCACCAGGUUGGACGGCCUGGCCGAGAGAGACACCGAUCUGCAUCGUCGAGAGGGCGAGCUGCCCGGAUCAGCGCAUUGUUCGGUCCAGUCUUCAGCAUGUCGUGGCGGCGAUGGAGGAGUUGGGGAGUAGGCCGCCGGGGUUGAUAGUCAUGGGGAAUGCAUGCGAGGUAUUACGGGCCCCGGGGGGAAGAUGGAGCGUGGAAGAAGGGGUCGGAGGCCUUUGCGGUGGUGGCAUGGAGGGUGAUGGGCUGGAGGGGUUGCUGGGGAUGGUGGAUGGGUUGGGGUUGAAGGAGGGAGUGGUGCAGGAUCCGACAGAGUCAUAA